UUUGUAUCUUUGUCUGACAUAGGGUUUGAUGACCUACAUGCUUGUGCUGAUCCUGGAGCUCCCGAACAUGGAUACAAGACACCCAGUGCAGGUGUUUUCUUUGAAAGUGUGGUAGUCCGGUUUCAUUGCCAAGAAGGAUACAGGCUUAAUGGUACUUCAAAAAAACUUUGCGUGAGACACUUUAAUGGCUCCCUGAGCUGGAAACCAAGUGAUAAACCUGUGUGCCUACAAGAAGUCACAGAUUGCCUUGUUCCACAUGUUGAAGAUGCAGAGAUUCAUAACAAGACAUACAGGACUGGAGAUAAGUUAAUAAUCAGCUGUCAUGAAGGAUUCCAGAUCCGUUACCCUGACUUAGACAACAUGGUUUCAAUAUGUCAAGACGAUGGAACAUGGGAUAAUCUGCCCAUUUGUCAAGGUUGCCUGAGGCCAUUGGUUCUUCCUCAUAGUUACAUUAACAUAUCUGAGUUCGAGUCCUCCUUCCCCGUAGGAACAGUGGUGUAUUAUCAAUGCUUCCCUGGAUAUAAACUAGAAGGGGCAGAGUUCCUUGAGUGCAUGUAUAACCUUAUCUGGUCAGAUAGCCCACCUAGGUGCCUUGACGUGGAAGUUUGUCCACUACCUCCAAUGGUGAGUCAUGGAGACUACAUCUGCCACCCGCGGCCUUGCGAGCGUUACAACCACGGGACGGUGGUAGAGUUUUACUGUGAUCCUGGUUACACCCUCACCAACGACUACAAGUACAUCACCUGCCAGUAUGGAGAGUGGUUCCCCUCCUACCAAGUAUACUGUGUCAAAACAGAACAAACCUGGCCAAAUACACAGGAGACUCUCCUGACUACAUGGAAAAUAGUGGCGUUUACUGCUACCAGCGUUUUAUUAGUACUGCUACUGGUUAUUUUAGCCAGGAUGUUCCAGACCAAAUUUAAGACACAUUUCCUUCCAAGGGGCAACCAGGAGGGCUCCAUGGGUGACCCUGACUUUGUGGUGGUGGAUGGCGUUCCUGUCAUGCUGCCUUCCUACGAUGAAGCUGUAAGCAGCGGCUUGAAUGCUCUGGCACCCGGAUAUUCAGCUACCACAGACCAGGGGCAUAUUUUGCAGACAGAAGAUCAGAAUCCUCCUGCUUACCCUGGCCCCAGGAUUACAGACACGCUGCCUAGCGAAGUUGAGACCUGUGACAGUAGGUCGGGCUCCUCUGAACUGCUCCAAAGUUUGUACCCAUCCCCGGCAUGCCAAGCGGCAGUGCUUCCCGGUUCAGAUCGAACUGACGUAUCCCAUAGCACUGCUGAGGAGGCUGCAUCCACGAGUCCGCGGAUCGAUAUUGCAGAUGAGAUUCCUUUGAUGGAAGAAGAUCCUUAGCCUGCACAGAGACGUGUCUUCGUUGCAUUGCACUGUGGGGCGACGUGAAUCAUGAGGAUUUAGAGAUAGAAAAGACUAUCUGUGGAUUUGGGGAGGGUAUUUUCCUACUUAUCAAUCUUCCACGCAAUGGUGUCACCAGAUUGGGUGUACAUCUUAAUCCACAGCAGGGAUAACAGCAUCAGCAUUUGGAAUAGCAGCAGUUUUAUGAAUGAAUCCUGGGGAUUUGAUGAGAGCAGAUGUAGAAAAAGAACUGUGGCUUUUUAGAAAUGAAAUGUAUAUCUGCAUCGCAGAAAGUCAUAUGGUUCCGUAAGAAAUACUACUGGAUUUUGAUACUAACUAACUGCCUCACAAAAGCAUGUCAAAGUAUGUAAAUUUGCUUAUGAAGACUGCUUUAAAUGAUCUAUGGACCUCUAGUUUAUAAAGAAUCCUUACAAGUUUAAAAAAAUACUAGUACUGAAACACAACAGAAGAGGAAAGAUCCUCUUUGACUUUCCUAUGUUAACCAGGAAGCUUUUGAUUUAGUUGGUGGUGAUUUUGUUUCAGACCAUGUCUGCAGAAAAUAUAACAGAAAUGAUGGGAUUCAUAUAUACUUUGAUGUAUGAUAGCAAAUAUAUAUAAAUAUAUAUAUA